UAGCGCUAAGAUGGCUUCGAAAAUAGGGCCCCUGACCUCCAAAGUGUUACAAAGAUCAAAUGAUGAACAUAUAGUGAAUUAAUUUGGUUUUAGUGGGUGCAUAUACAUGCAUGAUAGAUUUGUCAGCUAGGUGUUUCCAAGGGAGAAUGUUAACAGGUGCCGGAUUUGGGCAGAGGGGACAUCCUCGCCACACUGACAAGCAGAUAACAGGGUCCUCGUCUCUCUGACAAGCAGAUAACAGGGUCCUCCUCGCCACACUGACAAGCAGAUAACAGGGUCCUCCUCGCCACAAUGACAAGCAGAUAACAGGGUCCUCCUCGCCACACUGACAAGCAGAUAACAGGGUCCUCCUCGCCACACUGCAAAGCAGAUAACAGGGUCCUGCUCGCCACACUGCCAAGCAGAUAACAGGGUCCUCCUCGCAACACUGACAAGCAGAUAACAGGGCCCUACUCGCUACACUGACAAGCAGAACAGGGUCCUGCUCGCCACACUGCCAAGCAGAUAACAAGGUCCUCCUCGUCACAUUGACAAGCAGACACCAGGGUCUUCCUCGCCACACUGACAAGUGUGUAACAGUAAACACUAUUACAGAGCUCGUGAUAAGACGUCCGCCAUAAUGAGUUCGAAACUGAACUUCUUCGUCGCUCUUGUCUUCGGCUCUGUCAUGAUACUCGCUUUCCUCACCUACUUAACUGGAACUUCUCAAAGUAUUAAAAUCACGGAUUUGGAAAGAGACAUCAUUCAUGGACAAACAGAACACGACUUCUUUGAUGGUGGUCACGACAGUCCCAAGUAUGACGUCAUGGAAGACGACAGCAAUGUUGGACUGGCUUUAGAUACUAAACUUGCCGAAGCUAUUUCCAAGAAUAUCAAGGUUGCAUGCUUCAUCACUACUAUGCAAAAUCAACUUGACCACAAACUCCGAGCUGUCAAUCAAACGUGGGGACGGCGCUGCGACAAAAUCCUCUACGUGAUGACAACCAACAUGACAGGCGCAGAUAUACUUCCGGUUGAGAUAGAAGACGAUCGCCAGACGUUGACGGAAAAGACUCGGUUCGCAUUCACGCAUCUUUAUAACAAAUACCUGAACCAGUUUGACUUUUUUCUCAAGGCUGAUGACGAUACGUAUAUCAUUAUGGAAAACUUAAAAUACUUGCUCUCUCACUAUAACGCUAGCCAGCCGAUAUAUAUGGGAGAUCUGUUCAUCCAUUUUGCACCAAACGGAUAUAUGAGCGGUGGCGCCUCCUACGUGUUGAGCAGAGAGGCCCUGAAAAGAUUGGUUGAAAACGGUUACAAAGUUCCUGGAAGGUGUCGACUAGAGGGCGGGGCCGAAGAUAUUGAAACUGGGCGGUGCCUGUACAAAGCUGACGUAUUGUCAUACAGCCCUGUUGAUCGACAUGGCCGGAAGGCGUUCCAUGCGCACAAUGCAUAUUCAUACAUUGUGGGGCCCAUGCCUGGUUUUCUUAAUACAUAUUCAAGGAUUCCACCAAAAGUGGGCGACGACUGUUGCAGCCAGCUUACCAUCAGCUUUCACUACACAGGACCGAAGCUGAUGUACCUUUUGGACUUUCUCCUUUACAAAAUCAGUGUUUUUGGACGAUCCAUGAGCUACAAGAAGCUGAAGGGACUAUUUCAACUAAGGGAGCUCACUCUACCACCCACAGACCUACGCCGGAGGGCAUAUCCGGGAGAACAGAUAAAACAGUAUUACAAUAACGAGACUGAUUGGAGGAAGUUAAACACCACAAUAUACGUGUCGGACGACUUAAAGCGACUGUGGGAGAAAAGAAAGACAAGAGAAAUAAAUGUAUAAAUUGUU